AUGAUGAGCAACAUUGAGGAGGAGAUUCAAAAAGCACAAGAGGAAAGGGACGAGGAGAGACGCAAGCAUUGUCAGUUGCUGGAACAACUUGAAGCCGAGAAAGUUGAAGAAAAUUCGAAAUUGCAGCUGGCUUUCAGUGCACGAGAUGCAGCAUUAGCCGAGAGUCAGCGGGUUGCGCGAGAGGUCUGCGAGUUUCAGCAGCAGCUGGAGUCCAAAAAUGCCGCUCUGCAGGAUCAGGUCCCGUGGAAUGAUAUUCAGCUGGUGUUAGAUCAGGCACACGGAGACCUGGUGUCAACGACUACUUGA